CUUACGCUUCUCAGCUUUAUGGAUCCAUUGCAAAGCCACAAUUGUCAUUGUUGAGAACUUAUAUUCUUCUUCUUCAUUUUUUUCUUCUUGUUUUAACAGAAAAUUUUCUACUUUCUGUCAUUAAAGUUGUAUAGUGAAUGAGAUCUGCAUCAUCAAUUGAUUCUUGGAUUCAAGAUUUCAUGGCUGCCAUUCUAUGGAACUCAUUGGGAUGAGCAGAUCUUUUUGUUCCUUGCUUAGGAGGAGGAGGAGGAGGAGGAUAUCAACCAACUUUGAGUGCCAGGAUCCUCAUCUCCAUCAUUGGGUUUCCCCAGCGAGAUUCUUAUCUCUUUACAUGCACUUUCUUGUCAUUAAGGAUGUUCUCUUCCACUCUGGAUUCUUUCACCCACGCCAAUCUUAUCCAUGAGAAUGGGUCUCUGGCCAUGCAAUGUUCGUCUCCUUCCUUGGGUAGUCAUGGCUUUUCUAAUGACUUUGAAGCAGAAAAGAAGAGAGAGAGAGAGAGAGAGAGAGAGAGAGAGAGAGGAGUGCAGAAGAUGGCAUGACAAUUCAAAGGAGCAGCCUUUUCUUUUGUGUUUCUUCUUCUGCUUUUUUUGUGGCUUAUUUUCUCUUCUUUUUCGUUCCACCAGUUGUGACUCCUCAUAACUCUGAUUCCCUUGGAUUUCCUAGAGCGAGUGAGUAGGCAGUGCACACUCGUUUCCCUCCAAGAGAAAGUCCAAAGGUCCUCCAGGCAUUGAUCUCUUAAAAGUAGACAUCGGAAAAGAAACUCCAAAUCCAUAAACAAAAGAAAAAGUAGAUCCCAAAAGUAGACCCAUCCCUCUCCAAGAAACAAAGGAGAGACCGACCCAUCAUCUUUUGUUGAUGGGCCACUCGCCUUCUGCAGCUACUCUUCUUCCCGAUGUUGUUAAUCUGUCUCCUCCAUGCAUGUAUUUCCGGCUCUCCUCCUAUUGCUUCUUCUUGUCUGAUCUCUUCAUCUCUCCAAAUACUUGCUCUCCCAUCAGUAUGCUUCACCUUCAUGAAGGAAGAACCACUAAUGGUGCAACACCUCGGCCACAAUUGAUGCCUUUGGUGAGUGUCCCGGGCAACAGCUUGUUCAGCAUUGUAGCAGUGCGAUGCGGGCAUUGUUGUAAUCUGCUGUCUGUGAACAUGGGAGACCUGCUUCAGAAACUCCCUCUUCAAGAUCUCCAGACCUGCAACGCAGCAGCAGCUCAUGAUGGCAGGACGAUGGCAUGUGGAUCACCUUCCAAGUUCAACAGCACUUCCUUAUUCUACAGUGUGCCAAAGGAUCAACAACAAAUUAUGCUGCCUAUGCGUCCAGCUCCGGAGAAGAGACAUCGCGUGCCGUCUGCAUAUAACAGGUUCAUAAAGGAGGAAAUACAAAGGAUUAAGGCUAACAAUCCAGACAUCAGCCACAGAGAAGCAUUCAGCACCGCAGCAAAGAAUUGGGCACACUUCCCUCACAUCCAUUUUGGACUCACCAUUGAUGGCAGUAAGCAAGCCAAGAAUGAUGAACCAGUUGCUGCUACAGUCACUGCACCGGGAGGCCAAAAAGCUCAGAGCUUCUUCUGAGUAUUAUUAAUCCGAAGAGUGAGUAUGCUGCAGUAAUUAAACUUGCAGUCUUCAGGUGGCUCUGAAGACCAUCUUAAUUACCUUUGUUUUGUGGAUGCUUAAACAUAAUAGAAAGAACUCCUAAGCACUCUGGCUAUUA